AUGAAUGUGAAGGACAAAGAGCUAGAAGACAUGUUCAAAGAGGCCAGUGGUCCCAUCAACUCACCAUGUUCCUCAACCAGUUUGGAGAGAAGUUGCAUGGAACAGACCCAGAAGAUACCAUUCUCAACGCCUUUAGAAUGUUUGAUCCUGAGGACAAGGGUCAUGUACACAAAGACGAGUAUGUAGAUUAGACCUGAUUUUGAUCAAUAAUGCUGUGAUGUAUCAAAGGUUAUGUUAACUUUGAAAGUGUGUACGAGCAUAAUCACAUUCUACUGAUGUAUCUAAUUGCGCAUACUGAUGACACAAGCAACAAGUUUACAGCCGAGGAGGUAAGAAGCAGAUAACUUUUAAAUCUGUAAACCUUUUAAAUGUAUGAUAUAAGAUUUCUUUUGUGGACAAUUUGGAGCAUCCGCAGGUCAGGUGUAUAGCAGGCUAGAUAAACCCAGUACUAUACUUACAGUAGGCUGUGUGCUAACCUCUGUUUAUUGUUUGACAAUAAGUAACAUGAAUACCCCUAAUACUUAAUCAAUGUAAUUUUAGGUGAAACAGAUGUUCCAGUCAUCUACCACCGACCCAGCAGGAAACGUGGAAUAUAAAUACCUCUGUUACAUCAUCACACACAAGGAGGAACAGGAGGAGUAA